GGGAAGUUGGUAAUCCGUGACAGCAUCCUAACCGUAAAGCAGACCGACACGAUCAACGCUAUGUUGGAAAACAAACAAAAUCCAACUGCCAAAAGUAGCAAAUGAAAAACUAAAUGGCACCAGUGUUGACUGUAAAGACUUUUAUUACCAGGAGCUCCGCAGGCCUCCAUGAGCAAAUGCACAUAGCAACCGUUGUCAUGACGACCCUCGUACACUUUCCUUCUGGAGCGACAGUUCAAGUAACUUGGACUCAGAAAUGGAAUCAACCCACAAAACAGACACAUUCAGAAGGAAAACACCCGGUUUGGAACCGUCCGGUGCAACACAGCUUCCAGUGAGCGCCAAUUGCCUGGCGUGCUCGAAAGAUGGCAGGUACCUGAGUCUGGGUCACUCCCGGGGCUUGUCCGUGUGGUGCGCAUCUUCCCUGACGUGUGCUGCAGAGUGGCAGCAGGACGGAAUGGAAAUUACGUCUAUUCAAAUGACGCGAACGGCUGAGCCAGCCUACCUACUGGGCACUGUUGAUGAUAUGGGUGUUGCCAGAGUCUUUGCAUAUCACUGUGGAGCUAUUCACCCCCUUAGUGUUCUUAACAUCAUGGAAAAUAUCAACAAAAGAAGCAUUUGCUUGACAUUUGAACUGUCUGAAGGUGGAAAUUACGGCGCCGCGUCAAUGAGUUGUAACGGUGCCGUUUGGCUCGAGAUUUAUCAGUUCCCUUCAGAAGCCUGGCUGAAAGAGACAGAGAUGGAACCGUCACAACAGCAGGACCAAAGCUCAUCUAGAGAUAUGGAUGUGAAAUGGUCUCCAGUUGCAGCUCUGAUUAAAAUCAAGCCACCCAAAAUCCCAGCAGCGACAGCAUUGGAUGGUUCACUUGAGGCGGUCAAGAUGACCAAUUUUUUCACCCACUGUUUGGCUCUGGAAGGAGAGAAGAGCAGCAGUCAUCAAUGGGACGGGCAGGGUUCUAACAGACAUGUGGGAAAAACAAAGGAGAAAUUUGGAAGACCAAGACGUUGCACCCAGCACUUCCUCCUGCCUUGUGGUCAGUUUCCUGGUGACAGUAAAGCCAAAUUGCAGUCAGCGGGAUUACCUGUUGCUGUCUGUGUGUGGUGGAGUGGCGGCCAUAAUCUUCUUCAGUAUAUGCUGCAGAAAGAAGCAAAGAACAAAACAGACGUGGAACCUACGCCAGAUGUUUUAUGGCCAAAUGCAAAGGAAAUCCUGUGCUCUGCUGUUAGUAGAUGCAGCCGUCACAUAGCUCUCGGGCUCGAUGGUGCUCUGGUGUGUGUGUGGGACAGGCAGUCUGGGUCUCCGUUGUCGAUUGUAGUAGUGUCAGCAACAGACAGUGACUUCUUCAGGAUGCAAUUUGUGGAUCACUGGCCUGAGCACGAUGAUGUUUGGCAGACUUUUAUCGCAGCAAAAGUCUGUCUUUUGUUGUUGUGUAAAAGUGGAGAAAUGUAUACAGUCACAGCAGGAGGAGGGACCCAAUGUUGCACAGUGAAGAUCUCCGAAAGGCCAAAAGACAGCGCGGACUUUCCAACUGUCACUGCUUCGGUCCCGUUCCUGCAGAGUUUGUCUCUCGUGGUGCAAAGAAAUGGAAAUAUGUUCCUUCACGAUGUCAUGAACAGAACCAAUGUUUGCUCCUUGAUUCUUCCCACAACUCAUCUGAUUGCUUCUCCCUGCAAUCCUGUUUAUGCUCUGAACCCCGAGCAGCAGACUCUUUUCAUACAAGCAGGUAACCAGGAAUCCAGCUAUAGUGCGUCAUCUGAAGGAGAACGCCAGAGUCAGCUUUUCAUCUUCCUUCUGGGGGAGCAGGAAAUUAUCAAGCGGUAUAUUGUUUCACUUCCAGACUCUCCACAACAACUAAACACACUCAGCUGUGUCACUCUUGAGGAAAAGUGCAAUCUCUACCUGCGGCAAAGAGCGCGGUCUGUGGAGGAAAGGAACAAAGCUUUAAGGCAGACAUGGAAGCAUCUACAGGAAACUGCAGGGAGGGCACGACACAGCAACAGCAACGCUGCAGCCAGCUGAAGAACAAAGACUUUUGCUCCGAGGUCCUAUUCAACAUUUGUUUGUGUACGUGUUUAUUUCAUGACGGUUAGAAGCUUGCCACCACCUUGACUUCCCUCUUCUCCAUAACUGAAUUCCUGCAAUUGAUAGAAUAUAGUUAGUGGUGAAUUUCUCUUGAAAUCUGCGAACAAAUUUAUGAGAAAAGUAAAUAAAUAAAUAUACAUAUUUUUUCAAUGAACCAUAGAUUUUAUAUGGCUUAGAGUAACGUUGAAUCCAGUAACUGAUAUUUAGCUGGCUGCUAUGAUGAAAUUUAUUUUUUUUCUCCGGGGCUUUGUGUUUUUGUUACAAAUUUAGAUAAAAAUCUAAAUCUGUUGUGUUUCCAAGGCGUCUCUCAAAUGUAUUAUAAAAGGAUGAAUCUAUUCAGUGUCAUUAUGACUGAGCAUUCCCUCAUGACACAAAUGCUUGUUGUUGCCUUUGGGGCCCAUGAAUGUUUCAUAGGCCAUGUUUAUAAUGUCAGCAGAGAACAUUGUGUAAUGUGAGGCAAUAACAAACGUAGAGGUGUGUUCAUGUGCAGUUGAGCCACGUCAUGCCACUUGAACAAUGUUUUAUUUAGUAGAAAUAAAACUGAAAAACCAUUUGAUUCAAUUACUUGACCCUUUUACGCUACUGAGAGGUUGGUCCAAUAUGUAGUUAAAUGGGAACGGAACGUAAUGAUUUUUCAUUGCUUUGGGACAAUUCAUACAUCAUGAUUUCCAUGUUGUACACAUAAUAAAAAUGGAGGUUGUGUGGCAUGUUUAGCUUGUAAACAUUGUCCGUACCACGGUUACAGCAAAUUAGUUGAGAGUAAUUUAGAAGAUCUAUCAGAGGCAUCAUAUUACUCCGCUAUAACCAACCAGCAACGACUAUUUCCUGAUUGGCUUUUUGUGUUGGUUUAGAUUGUCUGCAGAACAACACAACAACAAUGUCCAACAAUAUGUUGAUUUGAUGGAUCACGAGUACGACAUCUCUCCCAUUAUUGGCAUAGAAAUGUGUAUCUUGAUAAUUGCAUCCUUUGUGCUCCACCUAUCAGAUCAUACUGUGGUGUGUCUUUGUGAAGAGGAACUAGUACAACUGAUACAGAUUUUAAUAUGCACAUGAAAGCCUUAUUUGAAUUUCAAAAAUGUCUUUAGCGUUGAUGCCAGAGAGCCAAACAUCAUUUAGAGCCUAAUGAAAGAGCAGGUGCUGGAAUGAAAUACCCUGGCAUCCGUUGUUGGCAACAUCAGACAGUAAAAACAGGGCAGCCUCAUCAUAUUAAGCCCCUUGCGGAAGACAACCAGGCAGAGACUUUACUUUAAUGCCUGUCAAGGUUUGCUGUUGGUUUGCUGUUCUUAGAGCAUUGCUUGUGACGUUUGUGCAUCAUUAACAUUUUCUUUCCCUGUAACAUGCUAAAAGAAAUGCACCAUCUCUUUCAGCUUCAAUGCCUGUUUACGCACAUUCUACCAACAUCUCUAACUUGCAAGGACUACUGACUCUGGUCCCUGGUCACACCGGGAUCUGUGCUGUAAGAAAAACAGUUGAAAGCAACAAAAGAAUCGGAAUCAGAACCAUUUAUGGCCAAAUAAGUUGGACAUACAAAGAAUUUGUCAUCGCGGGUGGUGCAUACAUUGGACAAUAAGACAAAUUAACACAAUAUGAAUAAAUUGAAUGUACAUUACAAUAAGGAAGAAUAUUAAAUAUGAAAAGAAUGUACAAUAAAAAUAAAGUGCACAGGCUAACAGAUACUCU